UGUUAUCAUCGGUUGCCGGGUAACACGUUCGGACAGGUCGGGGUCAGUGCAGUGACAAACCUCUUUCAUUUUAUUUUGUUUGUAAGGACAGCAAUUCAUGUGACAAGAGUCGAUUCCCUCCGUUACCUGUUGAAGUCUUGACGGUCACCAUGGGUCUGAGGAAAAUCGUGCAGAAUGGGAAGACGUCGUACAUGUAUUCGAGUUCUUCUCAGGAGGAACUUUUCCUGGUGCUCCUGCAGGCGGGGUCGGCCCACUCCAUGAAGAUCACCGCAGAGAGUGAUACUGUCCAAAGAUGGUGCCGCAACCUUGAGAAAACUCCACAAGAAUACUUAUCCCUUGCAUGCCAGGCAGUCGAGAACUUGUCAUCAGUUCGCGAUUCUGAUGGAAAGGACCUCAAGGAAGAUAUCUUUGAGAUUCAGGAUGAUCACUUGGUGUGGAAGCAGUACUUUCCUGAGAAGAAAGUUUAUGGAAGGCGAGGAAAGUUUACCUUGGAAAAGAUGGAGUAUGAUGAUGCCUUAGAAAAUACAUGAAUGGUGUCAUGGGAG